AUGAGCCAAAAGGAUUUUGAGAAGCCGUUGAGCCACCUUCUGAAACGGCUGGCUUCUGCUUCAUCCACUCUGCCUUCCUUAUCGCAGGAGGAGGUUUCACUUUUAGCCAAUGCCUCUAUCCCUACAGCAUCAAGACAAUCUCGCUCGAUAGCCUUUCUUUGCAUUUCCAAAUAUUGUGAUACUGUAGCCCAACGCCCUUCGUCGACACCUGAAACGAUCACAUCCCAUAUAUACUCGACCUUUGAGCCAUAUCUCAAUACCACGUUCAUACCCGACAAAGAAGAUCAAGCUACGGGGACGGAAUCAUGUUUACCGAUCACUCACUUGCUCGGAAGCUUGUUCCCACUUUCACCGGAUGCGAUAGUCAGGCUGCUCACUACACCCCUGGGCGAUGCCGGAGACGCUCUCGGAAUACUGUUAGAAGUUGCUGAGCUUCCAUCGCCUCUUCAACCUGCUUUGGCGGAAUUGUUGAUUGCUGCAGCUGGAACUAAAUCAGGGAGACAAAUGGUCAGAUCUAGAACUAUGGAAUGGCUGAAAGGAGCUAUGGAUUACGGUCAAGGGAAUGAAGAAUUAGGUGUUCUAUGCGCUGUAGCGUUGAGCAAAAUGAGUAGAGAAGAAGAUAUCGUGACUACUCAAACCCAGAGUAACGAGAAAAAUGGUCUAUCAAACAUAGAAAUUGGAAUGGAUGAUGAAACACUUUGUCGGAAAUUGAUGUCUCAUAUACAAUCUUCAUCUCCGACACCCUCGCCUUCUUCAUCUUCUUCGACAGCAAUCACUUCAACAGUAGAAGGAUUAGCUAUAUUAUCACUUCGACCCGCAAACAAAAUCCUGUUAUCGUCGUCACCUCAAUUCCUUAUUUCUCUGAUGUCGCUUUCGCCGUUCAUUUCACCUAAAGGUGGCAGUCUACCUGUAACCCCAAGAGGUAGUAUGGAUCUUUCUGCCUCGAUGGAUCCCGUUGAUAAUGGGUUAUGUUAUGGUUUAACAACUAUUUUUGUCAAUUUGACCGGUCCGAAAGUGAUUUUAUCAGCUGAAGAUCAACAAAUCGCUAAAUUGAGAUCAAUGGCUCUAUCAGCUAAUAAAUCGAAACUGCAUCAGAACAACGAUGACAAUCCAGAUGAUGUUGAUGAUGAUGAAGAGGUAAAGAAACGUACCAAAGCAGUAUUAAAAGCUGGAAUUGUCGGUGCGUUAAGUGGAUUAGCAAGAAGUGAAAGUAGAUUAGUCAAAGAAGGUUUAGGAAGAUUAUGUCGAAAUUUAGUUGAAGAUCCAAUCGAUAGGUUACCAUUCAUCAGAGAUGGGGGAUUCAAAGUUCUUUCUACAAUAGUAAGGGAUUUGCUGAAUGCUUCAACGACAAAGCCAUCAUCAUCAUCAACAAACCCCAUAAAUCCGUCCUCCGUAGGGGAGAUAGAUGUAUUACCUUGUUUUCAAGCCUUAUCAAAAAUGAUAAUUACCACACCACCAAAUUUACUUUUUCCCCCACCACAUCUUACCACCUCGCUAAACUCCCUCACGCCAUUAUACCAUCUAUUGAUACAUCCUUCCUCAAACUCAUUACAGCGAUUCGAAGCUCUCAUGGCUUUAACGAAUUUAGCUUCUAUAGAUCCAUUCAUAUCAAAUAAAAUCACUGAAGCUUCUUUGAAACCAUUAAAAUCAGAUACAUCUUGGAAAGGUUCAGGUAGAGAAGAAUCCAUCAGCAUUGUUUCGAAGAUUGAAGAAUCGUUAUUGGAUGAUAACGAAUUGAUCCGAAGAGCUUCAACUCAGUUAAUAUGUAACUUGGUUAGUUGUCAAAAAGGUUAUGAGUAUUUUUCGGGUGAGGGUCAAAAUAAAGAUUCAACAAUGAGAGAUGGAAGAGUCAAAUCAAGAUUGAAUACCUUACUUGUUUUAAGUGGAAUAGAUGAUCUACAAACUAGAUUAGCAGCUGGAGGAGCUUUAGCGAUUAUCACAGAGUCGGAAAAAGCUUGUAAUUCUCUUUUUUCUAUAACAUCAGAGGGAUCAUCGAUUAAGACGACCAAGUCGGUUUGGGAAAGAGUGUUGACUCUACUGCAACCUGAUGAAGAGGAAGAAUAUGAUGACGAAGGAGAAAAAAUUCCGGUUAUUUCCUCGACUCCGUCUUUACCCAAUCCCGACUUGGUCUUGAGAGGAGUGAUCGUACUACUGAAUCUUAUCACUUACACGGUCAAUCUAUCGGAUGAGAACAGGAUAAAGGGACUACAGGCCAUCAAACAUGCUAAUGUGGGGGAUAGAUUGAUAGGUGUCGUAAGGCUAAAAGGUAUCGGGGAAGAAGUGUUGGCGCCAACAGUGGAAGCGUUGAAAAUGUUAAAGAAAGCACAAAAUUGA